GCUAUAAAAGCGAUUGCAGUGCCAAAAAGUGAACAAACCGCCUACGGAAGUUGAAGACAACGCAGCACUUAGAGAGAUAUACCUUUCCAAUUAGUUCACAAAAAAAGAAAAACCAAAAUGAAGUGGCUGGUACUGAUUAGUGUUUUGGUGAUCCUGUCGCAGUGUUCGGCGAAAAGCGUUAAGAUCCACCGUCGUCACCAGUUAAAUCACCAUUUGGGUGUGGUUAAGCCCGAGACCCGUGUGAUAGGAGGCAUCGAUUCCCCCACUGGAUUUGCUCCCUAUCAGGUGUCCAUAAUGAACACCUUUGGCGAACACGUGUGCGGCGGCAGUAUCAUUGCUCCCCAGUGGAUCCUCACCGCCGCCCAUUGCAUGGAGUGGCCGAUUCAGUACCUCAAGAUCGUCACUGGAACGCUGGACUACACGAAGCCUGGAGCGGAGUAUCUGGUGGAUGGAUCCAAGAUCCACUGCAGUCACGACAAGCCAGCCUAUCACAACGAUAUAGCCCUGAUCCACACGGCCAAGCCGAUCGUUUAUGAUGCGCUUACUCAACCCAUCCAGCUGGCGAGCAAGGGAAGUCUCCCCAAAGUGGGUGACAAGCUGACCCUCACUGGUUGGGGCAGCACCAAAACCUGGGGAAGGUACUCCACCCAGCUGCAGAAGAUCGAUCUGUCCUUUAUCAACCACGACAAUUGCAAGUCCCAAGUGAGGAACGCCAGUUGGUUGGGCGACGGACACGUGUGCACCUUCACCCAGGAAGGCGAGGGAUCCUGUCACGGAGAUUCCGGUGGCCCACUGGUGGAUGCCAACCAAACCCUCGUCGGUGUGGUCAACUGGGGAGAAGCCUGUGCCAUUGGUUAUCCCGAUGUCUUCGGAUCGGUGGCCUAUUACCACGAUUGGAUCGAGACGAUGAUGACCGACUCGGGAACCGCCUGCUAGGGUCUAAAAGUCACCCGAGGGGGUACAAAAGCCAAAAACCGAACAAAAUUAGCACCUGCCAUAUAAAGUGGCACCUGCAAAUGAUCAAAUUAGCCCGUAAAUUUUAUCACUCAGAUAUCAUAGCCCCUAAAUAAUUUAUGAACAAAUAAAUGAGCAAUUGCGCUUCAAUUUUAA